AUGCUCGCCUCGGGCGCGUUGAGCGGCUGCGAGCGCGCGCCGGGCCGCUCGGUCUGCGACGCGAUAGAGCCCGUCAGCAAACAGCACCGCUCCCUGCCGGCCGGCGGGUGCGAGGUCGAGGUGCUGGACGUGAGCAUGCUCGCCUCGGGCGCGUUGAGCGGCUGCGAGCGCGCGCCGGGCCGCUCGGUCUGCGACGCGAUAGAGCCCGUCAGCAAACAGCACCGCUCCCUGCCGGCCGGCGGGUGCGAGGUCGAGGUGCUGGACGUGAGCAUGCUCGCCUCGGGCGCGUUGAGCGGCUGCGAGCGCGCGCCGGGCCGCUCGGUCUGCGACGCGAUAGAGCCCGUCAGCAAACAGAUGGAGGCAUACUGUAACAGCGAGCUGGGACAGCAACCUUACUUGCCCUCGUUCGAGGAACUUUGCAUUGCCAAGUGUGGGCCAAACCAGCAGUGGUACCGCGCGGCGCUGUGCGAGCAGAUCGGCGGGCCCGGCGGAGCGGCGGCGCGCGUCUUGCUCGUGGACUACGGCAACCUGGAGACGGUGCCGGUGAGCGCUCUGCGCAAGAUGCUGCCGGAGUUCGUGCGCGGCGUGCCGGCGCUCGCGCCGCAGCUCGAGAUACAAGGUUGGCCGACAACACACACAAAGGACAUGUUGCAAAGGGCGUUGAAACAUAUGCGGGUCACUAAGGAGGGUCGUGGGGUUCUCAAGGUCACACGGUGCCAGCAACGAAUGCAUGGGCUGUACUUGGUCCACGCGCCUGAACUACUCGAGGCUAUGGCGGCUGAUGACUAAGGGAAACGUCACUGUAGUCUGGCAAGUUCUUUGAUGACACUCCCAUGAUAUGCGGGCGACGGGGGGAAAGACUUUUUUUUUUUUUAAUUCUUUACAAAUUAGCCCUUGACUACAAUCUCACCUGAUGGUAAGUGAUGAUGCAGUCUAAGAUGGAAGCGGGCUAACUUGUUAGGAGGACGAUGAAAAUCCACACCACUUUCGGUUUCUACACGGCAUCGUACCGGAACGCUAAGUCGCUUGGCGGUACGUCUUUGCCGGUAGGGUGGUAACUAGCCGAAGCCUCCCACCAGCCAGACCUGUACAAAUUAAGAAAAUCUCAAUCUGCCCAGCCGGGGAUCGAACCCAGGACCUCCGUCUUGUAAAUCCACCGCGCAUACCACUGCGCCACGGAGGCCGUCAAAUGCGCGGGUGUGAAGUCGUGCGUGCGGGGAAGUGAGGUGCGUCAGUCGUGGGUUUUUCAUUCAUCGCGGACUAUAGGGAGUGUUACGAACGAAGUUGCCAAGCUAAAGUCAUUUUUCAAAUAAAGACUCGUGCUAUACGAAAGGCAGAUAAGACAAUUUUUUUUUUUAUUGUUAUUAGUUGUAAGUGACUGUCACUACUCCGGUUUAUUAUUAUAAGUUACUUUAUCUGUAGUACCUAUGUUAGUUAAUAAGUUUUAUUUUACUUUUGAAAAUGUUUUUUUUUAACCCUCCACAUAACAAAGAGGGAUGUAAUGAGCUUGACUUGUUUGAAAGCUGACUAUCAAUAUAUACUCAGAGGCACAAUUAUCCGCCCACUUUAAUAUACUCGCGUCAUAUUAAAGUGGGCGGAUAAUGAGCCUCUGCCUAUUAUUCUUUAAUCUGUGCUAUAAAUCGUCGUGGUUAGAUAUCGGUGUUGUUUUUUUUUUCUAAUAUUAUGGAAAGAAUUUCUGACAAUAAAAAAUCUGGUGGUUAUAAUUUUGAUGAUUUCUGUAUUAUAGGGGUCGUAUUCUGACCUCGUUAUCAAAAAUAAUUACUAACCAACUGCUUUUAUUAUUUGUUAAAUCAAACUAAUUUAUUACACUAUAAUUUCUUUAUUUCUUUACAUAAUACAUAUAAUAUGUAAUACCAAUUAAAUAACCGAUUUAGAGUACAUUACUCUGAAUCGGUUAUUUAAUUGAUAUUUUAAUAAUAUAUUGCAAUACAUACCCACAAUAGCUGGAUAGGUGUACUCUCGAAGACAGUUGAACAAAGAAUGAAGGCCACAUGACAGCCAGCAUCGUCUUAUAUAGCCAGACGAGUCAGAGAUUUUGCCGCCAUAUUAGCGGAAGUAAUUGUUCAACUGUGUUCAUUACAUUCAGUAGCCAUAUUGGCGGAAGUCAUUGCUCCACCAUGCUCAUUACAUUCAUUUAAUAAAAAUAGGUAAACAUUAAUUAUAUUGAUAUUGAAUCUGUUAUUAACAAUUGCUAGCCAUUAGCUAACAGAUUGUUGCUUGAUUUAAUACUUGUAUAAUUUAGCAGCCAUAUUUUCUUACUAAUUACGUGGUACAUCUAUGGUCUAUGGCCAGAAUUUUUUUAUUCCUCGUGUUAAAAUACGCUGGUGAAAUUAGAAAAAAUAGACGCCAUUUUGAACCUUUUUUGUUAAUAGACCUUUUUGUUAUUAAAAACACGCUGGUGAAAUUAGAAAAAAUAGACGCCUUUUCACCACGUCUCGUAUAAUACUGUAAGUUUUGACAUUUUCUUGUUAUAUGUCAAAUGUAACGAGUAAAUAAGCUAUCCAAUACUGAAGGUGAGAACGGCCCGUAAAUAUAAAUAAAAAGCUAUAGUUUUUGCGUUAGUAUGUUACUCAAUUUUGUAUUGGUUGCAUUUUUUACGGCAUUUUUCGAUAGUACUGUGAGUACUUUUCAUACUGUUUUGAAACCGAUGCUGUACUUUUUCGAAUCACCCCCCAGAUCUCAAGGGAAUGGGGUUGCAACAUUUUUCUCCCUUGUAUGAUUUUUGAUUAUUCUUUUUAUCCUCUGUGAAAAUUGCUUCUGACAUGGAGAUGCUUAUAGAAGUAUGACUCCAUUCAUCUUAUACUGUUUUCACUGAAGCCAUUUUGAACGUGAGGGGGAUAAUGUUUUCCAUCCUCUGUGACUAUUUUUUCUGAAAUAGAAAUAUCUGAGUAAGUAUGACUCUGGUCAUCUUAUUCUGUUAUUGGAAUUUGUAUGCCAUUUUGAGGAUGUAACUUAUUAAUCGUUCCUUCCAUUGUACAUGGCAAUUAUUUUCUGACAUGGAAAUGCCUACAUAAGAGUAAGUAUGACUCUGGUCAUCUUAUUCUGUUAUUGGAAUUUGUAUGCCAUUUUGAGGAUGUAACUUAUUAAUCGUUCCUUCCAUUGUACAUGGCAAUUAUUUUCUGACAUGGAAAUGCCUACAUACGAGUAAGUAUGACUCUGGUCGUCUUAUUCUAAUUUGUAUGCCAUUUUGAACGUGAGGGGGAUAAUAUUUUCCACCCUCUGUGACUAUUUUUUCUGACAGAAAUGUCUGAGUAAGUAUGACUCUGGUCAUCUUAUUUCGAUAUUGGUAUUUGGAGGCCAUUUUAAGGAUGUUACUCGUUAAUAGUAUUCUCCAUCCAUGCGGCUAUUACUUCUGACAUAAAAAUACUAUGACUUAGGUCAGCUUAUUUUGUUUUUGGAAUUUUGAAGCCAAGUAAAUUGGUUAUAGUAUUCUCCAUUCUCUGUGGCUAUUUCUCCUGACAUAAAAAUGCUAUAUGACUCAAGUCAUCUUACUUUGCUUUUAGAUUUAGCUGUCAAGUAAAUUGGUAAUAGAAUUCUCCAUUAUCUGUAACUAUUUCUUCUGUUAUAAAAAUGCUAUGACGCAGGUCAUCGUAUUUUGUUUUUGGAAUUUGGAAGAAAAGUAAAUUGGUUAUAAUAUUCUCUAUUAUCUGUGGCUAUUUAUUCUGACCUAAAAAUACUAUGACUCAGGUCAUCUUAUUUUGUUUUUGGAAUUUAGAAGCCAAGUAAAUUGGUAAUAGUAUUCUCCAUUCUCUGUGGCUAUUUCUUGUGACAGAAAUGUUUACAUAAGUAUGAUUUCGAUCAUCUUAUUCUGUUAUUGGAAUUUGUAUGCCAUUUUGAGGAUGUAAUUUAUUGAUAGUUCCCUCCAUUCUACAUGGCAAUUAUUUUCUGUCAUGGAAAUGCCUACAUACGAGUAAGUAUGACUCUGGUCAUCUUAUUCUGUUAUUGGAAUUUGUAUGCCAUUUUGAGGAUGUAACUUAUUGAUAGUUCCUUCAAUUCUACAUGGCAAUUAUUUUCUGACAUGGAAAUGCCUACAUACGAGUAAGUAUGACUCUGUUCAUCUUAUUCUGUUAUUGGAAUUUGUAUGCCAUUUUGAGGAUGUAACUUUAUUUUUAGUUCCUUCCAUUCUACAUGGCAAUUAUUUUCUGACAUGGAAAUGCCUACAUACGAGUAAGUAUGACUCUGGUCAUCUUAUUCUGUUAUUGGAAUUUGUAUGCCAUUUUGAGGAUGUAACUUAUUGAUAGUUCUUUCCAUUCUACAUGGCAAUUAUUUUCUGACAUGGAAAUGCCUACAUAAGAGUAAGUAUGACUCUGGUCAUCUUAUUCUGUUAUUGGAAUUUGUAAGCCAUUUUGAGGAUGCAACUUAUUGAUAGUUUCUUCCAUUCUACAUGGCAAUUAUUUUCUGUCAUGGAAAUGCCUACAUACGAGUAAGUAUGACUCUGGUCAUCUUAUUCUGUUAUUGGAAUUUGUAUGCCAUUUUGAGGAUGCAACUUAUUGAUAGUUCCUUCCAUUCUACAUGGCAAUUAUUUUCUGUCAUGGAAAUGCCUACAUACGAGUAAGUAUGACUCUGGUCAUCUUAUUCUGUUAUUGGAAUUUGUAUGCCAUUUUGAGGAUGCAACUUACUGAUAGUUCCUUCCAUUCUACAUGGCAAUUAUUUUCUGACACGGAAAUGCCUACAUACGAGUAAGUAUGACUCUGGUCAUCUUAUUCUGUUAUUGGUAUUUGUAUGCCAUUUUGAGGAUGUAACUUAUUGAUAGUUCCCUCCAUUCUCUGUGACAGUAGUAUUCUGACACGGAAAUGCCAAUAUAAGGAUGACGAUGGUCAUCCUAUAAUUUUUUUUUUGGACUUUUGAGUUUGUUUCAUAUUAAUAGUUCUUUCCAUACUCUAUAUCUAUACUACGAGUAUGUACACUGUAUAUUUGACAGACACAAAUAUAAUAAUAAUAAUUUCCAUAUGUUUAAAUUUGUAUUUGUCAAAAUACAAAAAUUAAUACCAACGUUCACAUUUACAAAUCACUGUAAUUUACAUCGAUCUCCUUAAUAAAAAGUGGAUGCACAAUCAGCGACCAAAAAACGUCCCCACUCAAUGAGUGCCAAACUUUUUGGCACUCGAUUCAAGUAGUCGCAUUUGCAAAUUCAACCUUAAACUCAAUCCUUAAGGUUGAAUUUGCACUGAAAUUGGGAUUUUAUUGAAUAUUGGACUAUAUUUAAAAGUCUAUAUAGUAUAAUUUUCUUUACCUAUAAUUCUAAAACU